AUGUCGAACAAGCGCCCUACGAUGGAAUUGGGGACCGUCCUGGUGGUCGGUGGCUGCGGGUUUGUAGGCUGGCACAUUGUUGAUCAAUUGCUCGGUUUCCCUUCCGAGUCCGACCCCAGCGUCGCCCUCCCCAAGCCGAAGGGGGAUGCGCGUUUCGAUUACCCUCAGUUGAAGGACCGGUAUCCCAGGUGCAUUGCGAAGGUGGCGGUUGUUGACUUGAGAACAUCCAACAACCGACUGCCUGGUGCCCAAUACUAUGAUGGCGACAUCACGUCGGUGGAGUCCAUGCUGUCCGUUUUCCGCGCCGUCAAGCCGGAUGUCGUUAUCCAUACUGCCACACCAAAUGUAUUGGAAGGAAAUAAGCCACUUCUGCGGAGGGUGAAUGUGGAGGGAACGACUACAUUAUUGGAGGUCGCGGGCGGCGCUCACGGCGAAUGGGGCGGAAAGUGCCGGGCUUUUGUGUACACGAGCUCGAGCUCUGUGGUGCAUGAUACGCAAAGCGACCUGGUUAAUGUAACCGAGGAAUGGCCCUAUAUCAGAGGAGAGCGACAACUCGAGUACUACUCGGAGACGAAGGCCGACGCAGAAGAGCUAGUCUUAAAAUAUAAUCGCAAAUCCCCCUCGUCGAUGUUGACUUGCGCUGUCCGGCCGGCCGGUAUCUACGGCGAGAAAGACACUACCUUUACCUACAAGAUCCUGGAACACUCGUCCAAGGCCUCCCCUACGGUUCUGCGGAUGCAACUGGGUGAGAAUAACAACCUUUUUGAUUUUACGUACGUGGGAAACAUUGCAUAUGCCCAUAUGCUUGCCGCCUACCGUUUGCUUGCUACCAAAACCCGGUAUGAUUCGGGGCAGGGUGAGCCGCUAGACCAUGAGCGGGUCGAUGGGGAGGCAUUCAACGUUACCAACGAUUCGCCGGUUUAUUUCUGGGAUAUGACGCGCGCUGCGUGGGCGUUGGCGGGUAAGGUGGUUGAGCCCCAUCAGGUGUGGGAGCUGCCUGAGGGUCUUUUAGGCCCCAUUGGCGCCGUGGCCGAGACGGCCCUGGGGCUAUUCGGUAAGACUCCUCGGUUGACCAGGCGGGUGGUCCGAUACUCCUGCAUGACACGCUACUACUCGUCCGAUAAAGCCAAGUUCAGACUGGGAUACACGCCCAUUGUUCCAGUGGAUGAGGGCCUUGCCCGUGCCGUUGGAUAUGUGGUGGAACGGGAGCGACAGGAAGCCGAAAAGAAGGGGCAGUGA